UCUGAAAAUUCUUUUUUUUUUAAUUAAUAUUUAUAUAUAUUUUUUUAUUUACUUUUCCUCUCUCUUUCUUGGGUUUGCUUUAUAUAUAUCUAAGAUGGGUGGCUCUAUUUCCUUACUUUGCAUGACUGCCUGGCCUUAACUAUAAUAUCUCUCUUUACUUUCUCUAGCCUCUUCUAAUUCUCUCCAUACUAUUACUCUUCUUCCUUUCAACAUAAACUCAGCCUUAUAUAUAUAAAUAUACACAUAAAACCAAUACUUACAGACAUUUCCUCGUAGCUCAGUUAAAAAGAGAGCUUAACUGCUAGCCUUUGAUUGCAUUUUAAUGCAUGGAUCCUUCAAGUGGACAAAAUUUGCAGGAAAUGAGCUCCGAUUCACUGGGAAACAUGUUGGUGGGGUCAAAGCCUCAGCAAGAGAGGAAGCCAAGGCCGCAUCCAGAACAAGCCCUAAAGUGCCCAAGAUGUGACUCCACAAACACCAAAUUCUGCUAUUACAACAACUACAGCCUCACUCAGCCCAGGUACUUCUGCAAAGCCUGUAGGAGGUACUGGACUAAAGGGGGCACUCUGAGAAAUGUUCCAGUGGGUGGAGGGUGCAGGAGAAACAAAAGGUCUUCCUCUUCCUCCUCAUCAUCAGCAACAUCAUCAUCCUCAAAAUUGAGGGCUCAGGAUAACUCCCUUACACCCAAUCCCAACCCACUCCUUGCCCAUCUCCAAGUGCCUAGCUUGGCCUAUGACUCCAAUGACCUCAGCCUUGCCUUUGCUAGGCUCCAAAAACAGUCAUGUGGGCAGUUAGGUUUUGAUGAUCAUGAUCAUCAUCACCUUUCUAUUUUGGGAAACCCUGUGAGCAGUUCUCAUUGUGAUGAUCAUAAUCAAAUACUUGGAAUUAACAACCUUGGCAUUAACAACAAUGGGGGCAGUGGCUUCCUUGAUGCACUCAGGAAUGGUUUUCUUGAAUCCCAGAAUCACUCCAACAUGUAUUAUGGAUUCGGAAAUGGGAAUGGGAAUGGGCACAACAUGGAGAAUGGAGUUGGCCAUGGGGAUCAGAAUAUGGGCCAGAUGUCUUAUAAUGAUGAUCAUGAUCAUCAGGAGAUGAUCAAUAAUAAUAAUGGGACAACGGCAGCAGUGACAGUCACCACGAUCAAACAAGAGCUUGGCCAUGGAAUGAGAUCAUCAUCAGAUCAUCAUGAUCAUCAGAGCAGGGUCUUGUGGGGUUGUCCUUGGCAGCUAAAUGGAUCAUCAGAUAAUCAAUAUCAUGGUGGUAUGGCUGAUAUUGAUCAUACGGCUGGGAGAGAGAGCUGGAAUGGUCUUACUUCAUCUUGGCAUGGCCUUCUUAAUAGUACUCCUUUAAUGUAGUAGUGCACUUAAUUUUUGGUGUCUUUUAAUUAGUGUCUUCAAGAAACCAAAAAAAAAAAAAAAGGAAGAAAAGAAAAAUCAUAGAGUUUCUCCUCUUUAGAGUAAAAUUUUCAAUCUCAAAUCUUUAGAGGUUUUUUUUUUUUUUUUUAAUUUAAUUUAAUUUUAUUUAUCACUAUGAAAUAUUGUGAUUUACUUCAAUCAUGUCCAGUUUUCUUUUGGGUCCUUCCUACUUAGCUAAUGAAAUUUCUUAGUUGUUUGCUAACUAA